AAAAACCUUGAAGAGGCAGGUCGCUCAACAUCAGAGGCGCUCAGGAGUCUGUGUACAAUAUGCGACUCGUUUAUCCAAAUCUAAGGCACUGCGUGGCCCAGACCUGGACCUCAACUGCAAAGCUUUAUGCACGUGGUCCAAGGAGCGGCUGGAGAUGCCACCUUCUCCAUUUCUCCACCUGCCUGACAGUGAGUCUCGCCUUCAGCUUCCUCCUCUUCCUCAGCCUGCGGUUCUCCCUGAAAUACGACCCAACCGUGUCUGGCAGCAUCACGGUCGCCUGUGUGGUCAUAUCGACCGUGGCCCUGUUUGUUUCCAAGCGGGUUCGCUGCUUUGUGUUCCUGUUCCUGAUCUCCUGUGGCUUGAAGCAGGGAAGGAACCUGCUCAUAACGGCUGGCACUAGCUUGGUGAUCUUCUGGAAUGUCCAGAAUACGUUCAACAACCUCAAAGAGCUGGCCAUGAGCUUGAUAUGCAACCUGGAGAAAAAGAGGGUCACUUUCGACCUCACGCCUCUCAGCAAUUACAUUGAAAUGCUGAGAUGGGUUGGCGGACAACUCCGCUUUCCAGACUUCAGAGUGUUCAGAUUCAACACGAGCUUUCAAGUGAGAUCCAAGGUUAUCUCUGAAGAACUCGCAGAGAGAUUGCAACAGGGUGGGACAUUGUUGAAUGCAACCGCCAACGAUAUUCGCACGGCUAUGGAGACCUUAUCAUCCAUAGGUCAGAAGGUGUCUCCUCUCUUGGGUGUCAUCCUGGUGUCCAUCGUCACGAUCCUAUACCUGAGACAGUACCACCGCAACAAGAAGUUUGAGAACGUGUUCAUCACCGACCUCUUCGUCCAGUACGACGAGAGCCAGAGGGCCAACGGAAGACCCCACGUCCUGCCUCUGACGGAGAAAGAGACCAAGCGCUACGCUCACGUUCCCUCAACCAGACUCUCAGUUCGGGAAGCAAAGGGCAUGCUGAAGUUCUGCCUUCCCAUUCUGAGCACCUUCCUAACGUGGGUUCUGUUCAUUGGCGUCGACACCCUCUUCUACUUGCUCAUUAAGAUAAUAAGUGUGCGUCUCGAGGAACUGGAGCCGUUUCACGUGCCCCUGGUGAUGAAAAUCACGGAAGGCCAGACCUUCAUUGGUGUCAAUAUCAAUGAGCAGAACAGAACGAGGGACUUUUCCUACUCGAUGGCUCUUUUCGAGAAGGAGUGCCUUCCCAAGCCCACCUUGCUGAUCCACAAGUCGGCGCCGUCGCUGUCCGUCAUCCUGCUCGUUCUGACCGCCCUGGGCUUGCUUUCAUCCAAGCUCCUCCAGCUCCGGCUCCUGGUGUCUGCUGAGUUCUGGCCCCAAACCGCAGGCGUCAGGGUCCAGUACCUUCAUGACAAAAUUUUGCGGAAAAGGUUGAAGAUGAAGGUGAAGGCCCACAAAGGCAACCUGGUGACACUUUUGAAAAAGGUUUGGCAAUUUCAUUGA